AAAACACUACAAGUACAAAGAUUACAAAUCACCAGUUCAAAUUGAACACGACAGCGAUUGAAGUUGAAUGCGCAGAUUUUUAUAGAUACCUUGUAAAGUGCGGAAGAAAAAAGUCAAGGCUUGAGAAAUGCAGCAGAACUUAACUCGACAUAAACGUAAAAACAAAUUGGAUAAAAGUAAAUACUAAAGACACGUCAGUCUUAAAUAAUAAGCGAAAGUGUAAACAUGAAAUAGAAAAAAAUAUUACAAUUUAAAGUCGAAGAAGUUGUAAUGCCUCAUUAGAAAUUAACAACACCUCGGAUAAGGUCAUCAUAAAAAUAUAUUUUAUUGAAAACUCGGUAAACCUUUAAGUAUAACGGACUCGAGUAGAAUACACUAUGGCAGCGACAGCACCAGCCGUUUUUAUAACCGUGCCCAAGUACGUGGCUAUAACACACACUCCAACCAUGACAUUGCCAAAGAUAAGGCCAGCACCAACAACCACGUCAUUGCAAGGAACAACCACAUUAGCAAACAAUGGGUUGGUUGAGGAUGGUGCUUCAGCGCCCCGUGGUAAAAAGCGUCGCCUUGACCAUCUAACAUGGGAAGAAAAAGUGCAAAGAAAAAAAUUAAAGAAUCGUGUGGCCGCACAGACAUCACGCGACCGUAAGAAAGCACGAAUGGAAGACAUGGAACACGAAAUAGAUGAACUAACACAAAAGACAGAAAUUUUACAAAAUAAAUGUGAAAGCUUGCAAGCAAUCAACGAAUCGCUACUUGAGAAAAAUCGCAAAUUGGACAUGGAAGUAGAACUGCUCCGUCAAAAACUCAACGAGGUGCAACAACAACAGAAGAAACAGCAAGAGCAACUAGCCAGAAAUGCAGCCAAAUUGAAUGCUAAAACAACAGUUGAAUCUUGUGCCGGCUGUGAGUCACCCUCUGCAGCAGGGAUCAACACAAAUGGACUCUCAGUCGACAGAAGAACAACUGAAAAAGAGCAACUCAGUGGCGUCACUAUGGAGGAUUAUUGCACUCUGCCUACUCUUCAAGAUAUGCUCCUCGUCGACGAAGAAUUCGAUGCCAGCAAAUUGGAAGAACUUGCCGAAAGCCUCUUGGCCGAUAUCGCAGCAGACAUGGAAGCUGGUGAUGGAGCGUGCAAUGAAAAUGUUGCCAAAAUUGCAAGCAACACAGAGCGAUUGUCUGGAUCAGUGGUGGGGACCAAAACAGAGCGCUUGGAAUCCAGCCAACAUACAAACACACAAAGUGUCAGCUUAAAUGCGGAAAGAUGGACGCCAUCCACACAACAGACUGCAAAUGCAAAAUUACAAAAUAAAUUACCUACAGCGAUAACAGAACCGUUAAAAACUACGUCAGACAGUAAUCUUAUAACGAUUGCAGCAGCAGCGCCUACAAUAACUACGGAUAAGGAAAUAUUUAGAAUACAACAAGCAAAUGACAUACACUCAAUACCACCGGAUACAGUGUACGGCACAUACGAUGCCAAAACAAAUUCCAUAACAAUUGUAAUGGAUGACGAUGCAGUGCCAGUAAAUGAGGCCGUCGAAGAAAUAUACUGUGAUGGUGAAAAACCGCAGAUGUGUGAUGAAAUCAAAUAUCCCACGCCCGCCACCACACCCUCACAAGUUUUUCUCAAUGUGGUCGACGAUUCGGAUGAUGACAUGAACUUCGAUCCGAUCGAACGAUUUCUACGUCCCAAGCGGCCGCUAGCGAAAUCACCUGCACCGUCACUGCAUUCUACCGCCUCAGAUCAUGGUUAUGAAUCGAUUAUUGGUUCGCCAACAUCCGCAGCGACGGAGCAGUUCGAUACGAGCGUAGAAGAUUUCGGCUGGCAGGGUAGCUUUAACGAUUUGUUUCCCAGUUUGAUAUAAGUAGCCACAUGCUACUUGCAUGUUAUAUUCUCAUUAGUUCUUCGAUAGUAAGUUGUAGCUAUUUAAUGUACGAGUGUACGCCAUGUCACAUAGAUGCUGUAAUAUGCAAUAGUUAUAGGUUUAAUGUUAGACUUAGUGUUAAUUUAUAUAAUAAUAUGACUAAUCUAAUUGGGUACGUUAUUAUCAAUUUGAGUCGACUCGGUCGUAAAGUGGCUUUGUUGACAGCAGACAUUUUGUAUACAUAUGUAUGUAAUGCUGAAAAUGCUCAAAUAACGUUAAAGUUAAUUGUAAUAUAUUUUUUUUUUUACAUUUUGUAAAUUAUUAUACUAUUUAUCGCUGUAUGUGUAUUUGAAAUAUGAAUUUAGUGAUUUAUUUUGUAGUUUUAAGUGCAUCUUAGAAAUGGAUGGAGCCCAUUUGAAAAAAAAAAUCUUACAAAUAAAAUAUUAAAACACCAA